CAUUGCCAGUCUCUGCAACAGCCCUCCGAUUUCGCAAAUCCCUCCCUCCGCCAUAGUUGCUGAUCAAGGAAACUUCAAAUUGAAUUGCGUUCGUCUCCGGAACUAGCUUCUAAUCGUCUUUGUGUUUUUCCCCUUUUGAGGAAUAUCUAUUGGGGAAUCCAUUGCUUUGUUUGAAAUAAAAAAUUCAGUUGAUUUGAGCAGUUUGAGCUAAGCCGCUUUAAUUUAGUUUCAGGAAUAGGCUGAAGUGGUGGGAAAAGGGGAAGUCUGUCUUUAGGAUCUGACGUUUGUAUUCUGACUGAAAGCAUGACUGAGACCACUUGGGAAGCUGAUAAAAUGUUGGAUGUAUAUAUUCAUGAUUAUUUCAUAAAGAGAGAUCUGAAGGCCUCUGCCCAAACUUUCAAAGCUGAGGGAAAAGUCUCUUCUGACCCUGUUGCUAUUGAUGCUCCUGGUGGUUUUCUGCUUGAAUGGUGGUCGGUGUUUUGGGAUAUAUUCAUUGCCAGGACAAGCGAGAAAGCUUCAGAUGCCGCCGCAUCUUACAUUGAGACUCAGCUGAUGAAGGCUAGAGAGCAACAGCGACCACAUCAGCAGCAGUUGCAGCAGCAACACCACUCACAGCAUCAGCAGCAGAUGCAGGUGCAGCAGCUUUUAUUGCAGAGGCAGGCUCAGCAGCAACACCACCAUCACCAACAUGCACAGCAGCAACAGCACAGCGGCGGUGGCCACCUCCUGAAUGGUACGACUAAUGGGAUUGGUGAAAAUGAUUCUCUUGCAAAGCAAAGUCCUGGUGUUGCUAAUGCCCUUGCAGCAAAGUUGUCUGAUCAGAAGUUAAAUAUCCCUCUUCAGAGGGAUUCUUUGGAUGAUGCCGUUAUGAAGCAAAGGUUAGGGAAUAAUGCCAACUCACUUUUGGAUUCAAACCAUGCUUCAAUCUUGAAAUCAGCUGCAGCACCUAGUCAGUCAUCUGGACCGGUAUCGCCUGCCACAGCUGGUGGUAUGGGGCCCCAUGGUCAACCCCGCAGCCAGCAAUUCCCAGGCUCUACCGCUGAUGUCAAGCCUGAAAUAAAUCCAAUAUUAAAUGCCCGAGCUGCAGGCCUUGAAGGGUCAUUGAUUGGGGUUCCUGGGUCGCAGAAUCAAGGUGGGAACAAUUUGACUUUGAAAGGAUUGCCACUAAUGGGUCUUGAUCAGCUUCGGAAUGGAGGACUUCUCCAGCAGCCGAAAUCUAUCAUUCCUGGCCAUCAACCCUUACAUCAACUGCAGAUGCUAGCACCUCACCACCCGCAGCAGCUUGUGCUUGCACAACAGAAUUUGGCGUCCCCUUCUGCAAGUGAUGUGGAAAACAGAAGAAUCAGAAUGCUUCUGAACAACCAAAGUUUGGCUUUGGGGAAAGAUGGGCUCCCUAAUUCAGCCGAUAAUGUAGUUGCUAAUAUGACAUCACCCUUGCAAGCUGGUGGCUCAGUUUUAUCCCGUGCAGAUCCAGACUUGUUAAUGAAGUUGAAAUUUGCACAACUACAACAACAGAAACAGUCACAAAGCGGUAUUCAAUCACAGCAGCAGCAGAUACAGCAGCUUGUUCUCUCUGGACAGCAGCCUCAGAGUUCAAAUCAAAUUCUCCAACAAGAUAAAAUUAUGGGCGCAGGGCAUGUAGCUGGUGAUGGUAGUGUGUCGAGUUCCUUCCAUGGAAAUGAUCAGUGUUCUAAAAAUCAGAGUGGAAGAAAGAGGAGGCAUCCCGCAUCUUCUGGCCCAGCCAAUAGCUCUGGAACUCCAAACACAGCUGGUCCGUCCCCAAGUUCAGCUCCAUCGACUCCCUCAACUCAUACUGCUGGAGAUGUAAUGUCAAUGCCUGCUUUGCCUCCACACAGUGCUGGUUCUUCAAAGCCACUGAUGCAAUUUGGAGCUGACAACAGUGGCACUCUUAAAUCUCCAUCAAAUCAGUUGUGGGAUGAUAAAAAGUUCACGCCAGCCGAUAUGGAUCAUUUAAUGGAUGAUGUUGAAGAUAAUGUUGAAUCGUUUCUGUCCCAUGAUGAUGCUGAUCUUGGAGACGAUGUUGGGCGUGGCAUGGAUGUAAGCAAAGGUUUCACAUUUGAGGAAGUGAAAUCCGUUUGUGCAAGUUCUAAUAAAGUUGUGUGUUGUCACUUCUCAUCUGAUGGAAAGCUGCUUGCUAGUGGUGAUCAUGACAAAAAGGUUGUUUUGUGGCACACGGACACUCUGAAGCGAAAAUAUACACUCGAAGAACACUCAUCAUUUAUUACAGAUGUUCGUUUCAGUCCUAGUAUGGCCCGCCUUGCCACCUCAUCUUUUGACAAAACUGUCAGAGUCUGGGAUGCCGACAAUCCUAGCUAUUCGAUCCGCACAUUCACAGGCCAUUCAGCAUGUGUAACAUCGUUGGAUUUUCAUCCUAAUAAAGAGGAUAUCAUCUGCUCUUGUGAUGACAAUGGGGAGAUACGAUACUGGAGCAUUAACAAUGGCAGCUGCACCAAAGUUUUCAAGGGCAGCACCACCCAAGUGAGAUUCCAACCGCGUCAUGGAAGAUACCUUGCUGCAGUUUCUGACAAUAUUGUAUCAAUUCUAGAUGCCGAGACACAGGUCUCUCGACAUUCUUUAAAGGGUCACACAAAACCCGUUCACUCCAUAUGCUGGGAUCCAUCGGGAGAGCUCUUGGCAUCAGUCAGCGACGACUCUGUAAAAGUGUGGACUUUAAGAGCUGGAAGCAGUGAAGGCGAGUGUCUGUAUGAGCUCAGUUGCACCGGAAACAAAUUCUAUUCCUGUGUCUUCCAUCCUUCCUAUUCUUUGCUGCUCAUUAUUGGCUGUUACCAGUCCCUGGAGGUUUGGAACAUGUCCGAGAAUGCCAAAAUGACGGUUGCGAUGGCGCACGAUAGGCUAAUCGCAUCGCUGGCAGCAUCGGCAGCUUCGGAUGGCCUGGUUGCCUCUGCUAGCCAUGACAAGUAUGUCAAACUGUGGAAGUGAGUAUUUAGCGUGUUCAUCAAUGGCUACCUCUGGUUAUGUGUGUGUGUGUAUAUAGGCAUCUGUAUGAAUUGAAUUGGAGAUGAUGAUACUUGGUGCUUUUUAAUGGUUGUUUUUGUUUUGAAGUUGAAUUGGGCAUUAGAAGAAAGUUUUAGUGAACUUAACUGCUGCUACUGUUGGUUUUCA